UGUUUGUGUCUCUGUAUUCAAGCUGUAAAAUGGCAGAAGCCAGAAUUGCAGUGGAUCAGAAUGAGUUCUUGUGUGCAGUGUGUCUGGAUCUCCUGAAGGAUCCAGUGACCAUCCAGUGUGGACACAGUUACUGUAAGAGCUGUAUUACAGGCUUCUGGGAUCGGGAGGAUCAGAGGAGAGUCUACAGCUGCCCUCAGUGCAGACAGACCUUCAGUCCAAGACCUGCUUUAGCUAGAAACACCAUGCUGGCUGAAGUGGUGGAGAAACUGAAGAAGACCAAACUCUCUGCUGACUGUGACGCUGGAGCUGGAGAUGUGCAGUGUGACAUCUGUACUGGAAGAAAAUACAAAGCCGUCAAGUCCUGUCUGGUGUGUCUGGAGUCUUACUGUCAAACUCAUUUUGAGCGGCACGAAGAGUUUCAUUCACGUAAACCACACAAAGUGACUGAAGCCACUGGACGACUGCAGGAGAUGAUCUGCCAGAAACAUGAGAAGCUCCUUGAGGUUUUCUGUCGCACUGACCAGAAAUGUAUAUGUAUGCUGUGUACGAUUAUUGAACAUAAAAACCAUGACAUUGUACCAGCUGCAGACCAGAGGACAGAGAAACAGAAGCAGCUGAAGGAGACGCAGAAGACGUUCCAGCAGAGAAUCCAGCAGAGAGCGAAAGAUCUCCAGCAGCUGAGAGAGGCUGUGGAGUCUCAUAAGCGCUCUGCACAGACAGCAGUGGAGGACAGUGAGAGGAUCUUUACUGAGCUCAUCCGCUCCAUUGAGAGAAGCCGCUCUGAGCUGAUACGGCUGAUCAGAGAUCAGGAAAAGCAAGCAGUGAGUCGAGCUGAAGGACGACUGGAGCAGGAGAUCAAUGAUCUGAGGAGGAGAGACGCUGAGCUGGAGCAGCUUUCACACACACAGGAUCACAUCCAGUUCCUGCAGAGUUUCCAGUCUCUCUCAGCUCCUCCUGAAUCUACAGACGUAAAUGAUGAUCUCUUCAGUUCUCUCCGUUCAGUCUCUUCUGAUGCUCUGAGAGAAUCUGUCCAUCAGCUGAGAGACAAACUGGAGGAUUUCUGCAAAGAGGAGCUCAAGAAGAUCUCAGACAGAGAAACAUUCACCAACAUUGUUCCCAGAACCAGGAACCACUUCCUACAAUAUUCCCAUCAGCUCACUCUGGAUCUGAACACAGUGAAUAAACACCUCCGUCUGUCCAAGAGAAACAGAGUGAUUACUUUCACAGACACAGUCCAGUCGUAUCCUGAUCAUCCAGACAGAUUUGAUGGGUGGCCUCAGGUGUUGUGUAGAGAGAGUGUGUGUGGACGCUGUUACUGGGAGCUGGAGUGGAGUGCUGGUAAAAAUGGUUAUGUGUAUAUAUCAGUGUCAUAUAAGAGCAUCAGCAGCAAGGGAACGGGUGUUGAGUGUGUGUUUGGACGUAAUGAUCAGUCCUGGAGUUUGUACUGCUCUCCUGACAGUUACUCAUUCAAACACAAUAACAUACAGACUGCUCUCUCUGUAGAGUCCAUCAGCAGGAGAAUAGGAGUGUUUGUGGAUCACGGUGCAGGAACUCUGUCCUUCUACAGCGUCUCUGACACAAUGAGCCUCAUCCACACACUCCAGACCACAUUCACUCAGCCGCUCUAUCCUGGGUGUUAUGUUUAUAAAGAAUCAUCAGUGAAAUUGUGUUGAUGUAUCAGAAUAAACUGACGAGAGAUUCUACCCAUAAUGCUUUGAGCUGCAUGAUGAAUCAGUAACAGAGAGUGCUCUUUUGUCUUCUGGUGUCACAAGCUGCUGUUUUUAUUAUCAUGCAUUUAAUUGUUUAACACACAUUUAAUUGUUAACUGUUAAAGUUACAUCUUGUUAAUGAUUUAUGUUAAAUUGUGUGGUAACACUUUACCAUAAGAGUAAAUUAACAAUCAUUUACUAAUGCCUAAAUUAAUAUUUAAUUCAUCAAAUACUAGAUUAUUAAAGGUGUUAACUAAUCAUGAAUUAAUAAAGAGCUUUUCUCAACUACAACUGGAGUUAUAUGGAUUCACGCAUGAAUAACGGCAGCCUUAACUAUAUAUUAGUGCAUGUUUGGUAGUUAAUGCAUUAUUUAGGGGUAAACUAAAUCAAACAGCCUCUUUAAGAAAGAAUAAUGCCAUAAACAUUACUGGGUAACACUUUAUUUUGAUGGUCCCUUUCGAACAUUCUGUUGACACUAAGUAAUGUUGCAACUACAUGUCAACAAACUCUCAUAAGAGUAUUAGUAGACUGUCUGCUUCAUAUCUACUAACUCCAUAUUGUGUUGGUCUCCCAACAGAUAUUCUACUGACUAUAAGUAACUUUGCAAGAACGUGUCAACUUAAUCAAACCAAACCAGUCAACUAAUACACUACUAACAAUCUAAUGAGAGUUAGUAGAAAUGUAGGUGCAACAUUACUUAUAGUCAAUAGAAUGUGUUAAAGGGACCAUCAAAAUAAAGUGAAACCCAUUACUGUGUGGAAAAAGAUUAGUUGAUCCUCCUCAUCAAUUGUAGAAAAUACUAAAUACACGAAUAACUGAUCUUGUUUUGUGUUGUUCGCUUUCCCUUUAAACUCACCCUGCUGUGACUUAUAAACAGCUAAAUAAAAAUUAAAACUCAAAAUCCACAACGAACAUUUGUAGAACAAUCCUAAAGAAAUGUCCAGAAACAGUCGUGAUGAUACAGAACCUCCCCUCUCUGACUUCUUGAUAAUCAACACAUCAUCUCUUAACCGGGAUAAAUACUCGCUGUGUUACAUGUGUAUUUGAUAGGAAGUAUAAAAUAAAUCAUGAGCUGAAUUUAGUAAGUAGUUAACUGGGAGUUAAUUAUGAUUGGGCCCCCUCAAGUAAAGUCAUGUCAAAAUAAUGCAUUAACAAGCCACGAGUACAUAACUUUCAAAAGAUUAAUUAACUUAAUGAUUAAUUCGGUUUAAAAAAAGCAGCCGACUUUUAUUAGAUUA